AUCGUAUGAUUGAUACUUUUAUCCGUCCUUCUCUAUCGUCUCCAAAGUUUGAUCCUUUCCUUCUCAGAUCACACACUUUUUCAUCUGAUCUUCAAUAAAAACACCAAAUCUCCCAUUUCAAUUGCCUUAUCAGAGACUCCCAGACCUUAAAGGCUUGAUUUUUAUUUCGUUUUUCUCUCGUCUCCAUGAAGAAGGUUCUUCAUCGAAGUUUCAAGCCUGCGAAAUGCAAAACCACAUUGCAAAUGGCGGCUUCGCGGCUGAAAAUACUGAAGAACAAGAAGGAUACACAGAUCAAGCAGUUGAGGAGAGAAUUGGCUCAGUUGCUCGAGUCCGGGCAGAGCCAGACGGCUCUAAUCCGGGUGGAGCAUGUAGUGAGAGAAGAGAAGACAGUGGCUGCUUAUGAGCUCGUUAGUAUAUACUGUGAACUCAUCGUUGUUCGUUUGGGUGUCAUUGACUCACAGAAGACGUGUCCUAAUGAUCUUAAGGAAGCUGUUGCGAGUGUCCUAUACGCUUCCAAAAGGUUAUCAGAUGUCGCGGAGCUAGCUGAUGUCGUUAAGCAUUUCUCUGCGAAGUAUGGAAAAGAUUUUGUUUCAGCUGCUGUUGGGUUGCAAGCAGACUCUGGUGUUAGCCGCUUGUUGGUGGAUAAGUUGUCUGUUAAAGCUCCUGAUGGUCCAACGAAGAACAAAAUUUUGAAAGAGAUUGCUACGGAGCAUAAUGUAACAUGGGAAGCAGAAACGCUGGUUGAGCCAGAUCUGAAGGAAACUGUAUUGUCGAGUGGAGCAAGUUCAUCUCAGUCAGUAAGUGGAAUAAACUCGGAUUCUUCAAGAAUCCAACACAAUCAACCUCCAGAGUUUCAAGCUCCAUAUACUGCUAACGUGGCACAGAACUUAUAUGAAACUGCUGGAAGAUCUUCAAGCCGCGCUGCAUCUACUGAUUACUAUCAUCAAGAUCCAACACCUUCUGGAGAGAGAACUGAUGACAGAGAACACAGGCCUCCGAAUCCAGGUUAUGUGGAUUCAUCUCCAAAUGGAACAGAGUUUGUUGAUGCUACAACUGCUGCACGUGCAGCUGCUGAAUCUGCUGAAAGAGCGAGUUUUGCUGCACGUGCAGCUGCUGAGCUUUCAAGUAAAGAAAGGAUGAGGACGACGAUGCAGAGUUCCACAGAGUCGCGGAACUCAUCCUCUUAUGAUGAUAUAAGAAACGAGCCCUCACAUAGACAUAGUAGCAGCAGCUCAAAUGUGCAAAGCGGAGGUUUUGUUAAAGAAGAAAUGCCAAGAAGCAGUUACAGGCAAGAAGAAGAUCAAUCUACUACCAGGACAGAGCAUUUUAAGAAAAAUGUUGAUGAACAAUCAGAAAAUGCUUCAUGGAAGAGAGGUCAUUCUCGAGAUAACUCAUUGGAGAUGAGGCCGAGUGAUUCCUUUGCAAAAAUAGGCAGAGAGAAGCAGCAGCAGCCAAUUAAAGAUGAAGAUGCUCAACUCAAGAAACAGUCAAGCUUGGCUUCGUCGAGCUCACACACAAGCUAUGUUUCUGAUGAUAACAACGUCACUUCCUCGGACCAUAUCGAUGCACCGAGCAUCUUUGAGGAUACAGAGAGACAGAGUCACGGUCAUGAUGUUGCUCCAGCUUUUGAUGAUCAUAGCUCGUUUUUCGAUAAACCUCAAUUCGACACAGAAGAUGCUUAUGGCGAUGAGGCAGAACAUGGAUUAGGAUUUUCAUUGCUUGGAAGCAACAGCAAUAUGCCAUCAGAGACACAUUCAUGGAGCUUCAAAGGAGACGAGUCUCUGGGACAACAACCUAGCUCAUCAACCUCACAGGUUCUUGAAAAGGAGAAGCCAAGUUCUCCAUUAUUUGAUGAUUGUCCUACAAGUCCUCCAGCUUCUUCUCUGCAUGAGCCCAAGCCGUCUGCAAAGUUUGACGAUUAUGACCGAGAUUCAGAAAGUGAGGAAGACGAUGUGAGAAACAAAGGAAUGCUUUCUGAACGUGUAGAAGAAAAGCCAAAGGUGACAACAUCUCACAAGUCGCCAGUAGCUGAAGUUCCUGAUGAUUUGGGACGCUACUUUUUCCCCUCAGACACAGAAGACCAAGAAGAUGAUUCCAUGCCACUUGAAGAGUCCGACGCAGAAACUCCUAAAGGUCUUCUUAGCUAUGGAAUGAGCCCACCAAGAGAGAAGACAUUGUCUAAGUCUGUAAAAGAGCAUGUUCAAACAGAGGUUGAUCCGCCUUUGCAGACAGUUUCGUCCAGAAAAGAUCUUUACACUCAGAAAGCAAGUAUCUCGGACACAAGACCAAGCUCUAUACCUCCAUAUUCAUCUUCGAGUGAUGAUGAAACUGAGAUGGAACUUCGAAAGAGAGUUUCUUCCAGAAAUCAAGAUAAAAGAACUGAGUUAAGUACACGGCUGACUCAUCCUCCUUCGCGUGUCACACAUGACAGCUCAAAGGAAGGUAUCCCUACUCGAGCUUCUGUUAGAAGUCAAGAGAAGAGGACGAACAGGACCACCCCUGCUGCUGUCUCAUAUUUCCACUCAGUGUCCAGUGAAGAUGAAGAUGAUGAGAAAGAACUCCGUAGAGGUGGUUCAGGCGUUCAAACGAAGCCGUCUAUAUCCAUCUCAAGAAGAACAAAGGGGCAAGAGAGAAGAUCAUCCUCCCUGGUUACUGCAAAAACUGACAAAGUCUCUCAUGAUCAGGACUCUAUCCCAAAGCUAAUACCUGAGGCCAGGCCACUGGCUAAGAAACAGGAGUCGGCUUCUUCGAGCUCUCUUCCAAAAACAGAAAAGGCUUCUCAAGAAGCUCCUCCAAAGCUAGCUUAUAAGGCGGAACCACAGGCUGAUCAAGAAAGGCCAGCAGCUUCAUCUUCAAGUUCUAUUCCAGAAACCGUGACAUCACCAGAACAAGUAACUCCAGCGAAGGAGAAAGCUAGCCAUGUUCAUCCCAAGCUCCCAGAUUACGACGACAUAUUUGCCAAGCUCGGGGCUCUGCGUCGCUGAACUUUUACUGAUCUCUACCCGUCUGUUGCUACAAUAUUAUGUUCAUUGUUUUGUCAGCUCUUAUUCUUUUUUUUGAGUAUUUGCUUAAAGAUUGAAAUCUGAUAGUAUCCUGAGGAUUAUUUUCUUACUUCAUUUGUUAUAUGUACAAAACCUAUACUUGACUUUCUUAUCAGAUUGUUGUCUUGUACGUUACAUUUAUAGAUAUGAUGAUUGUUUA